AUGGCACACGGUGUGAGAGUCACUAAGAGAAAUCAGUCCAAAAAGAAAGCGGAAGAUAUGAGACAGGACGAGAAGGAGUGGCCAAACCCUCUCCUAAUCCACAAUGAUCCCAUGACUUCGGUCCUAAAACGCUGGAAGUUAAACUGGUGUGACCUUUGGAUAGAUGGGAGUCUUUGCUUCUAUAAGACCGACAGCAGGCGAGACCUGGAGCAUCGCAUCUGCCUCAAGACAACAUGCAUAGAUGUCAGAUCUGGCCUGGAAUGUGAAGGUGUGACUCCACCAGAGAGUAAUCCCAGGGAGAAUCUCAUUGUGGUUCAGCUCGCAAGCGGCUCGUCAGUCAACCUGUGUGCCAACAGCGAAGAUGAAUCCAUAGCGUGGAAACUGACUCUGCUUGACACCAGGAGAAACCCGGUGUUCACAUACGACCCAUACGAUGACUCCUACCAAGCUGUCCCUAUCAACAGCCACCAUACUGUCUACAUCACACCUGGAGCAGGACCAGGAACCCACCAGGUGGUUGUUCAAAGGGACCCAUUUAAUGGAGUGGCGGAGCAUCUAGCACUGGGAUUACUGGCAGGCAUGGCAGCAGGGACAGCCAUGCGAUCCUUCCUUUGGAUGCCCAUCUUUUUCUGCUGAUGAUCUCCAUUACUGACAUGACAACACCGUGCACGGCAUGUUUGUCACCACGGACUGGGAGCCUGACAUGAGCAUGUGUAGAAAGCCCCCACCCCAUCUCCCAUGUAGCAUCUCUUUUCAAAUCACGUCUUGUUCUGUUUUUAUUCAUAUGUGCAUGUUUGCGUAUAAGACUUAAGAAGCUGAAAAGCACUAUGUAUUUAUGUGUUAUUCCUGCUUGUAUAGCACACGGAAUCUACUCAUGAGCAUUUGCAAACGCCAGGAAGUCAAUUUUGUAUCUGAAUGUUCUUUAAUCUGCUGCCUGAAUUUUACACCUAAGAGAUUGGUA